UUCACUCUUAGUCAUUCAAGGUCGACUGUAGUGAUCAGGGCGUCAACUUGAAUGCGAUUUCGAUUUGAAUUUUUGACAUAAAUCAUAUGACUGAAAUUUCCAUAUGACAUGACACACUAUUAACAUUGAAUUAACAUUAAAUUAACGUUUAACUUAUCCUUCGAAUUAAUUCUAUAGAUGAAGAUGGGUGAGCAAUCGAUUACUCCCAACAAAAGUGGAAUAUCUAACAGUGACCAAAGUGAAAACACUGAACAUGAAAUGAACUCUGACAAUGAAAAUAUUGAAGAUAUGUCACCUGAGGAAUUCGCCAAUUUGGAUAGUCAGUUAGACGAAUUGAAUUCUGCUCUUGAUGAUAUUGAGCAAAAAAAUGAUGACAUACAUGCCAAGCUCCUACAGUUAUUGCAUGCCAAUAGGGAAGUUCGAAAACAAUUGAAACUGGAUCAGGAAGACAGAGCUGUUAUGGAAACAGAUUCAGACGUGGCUAAGCAUUAAGUAUAGAACAUAUGCAUUCCAUUGUGUUUAUAACUGAAUUAUCAUUUUACAGAAGUUUUCUUGUUUUGUCAAUAAUGUGUACAUAAUUAUAUUACCCUACAUAGUGAAAUAAGGACUAAUAAAAGUUCUGAAUUAACAAAUAAA